AUGCCCGUCCAGCAAGCAGACCUCGAAGCCGCCAUCCGGGCUGCUAUAGAUCCUAUUGAUCAUCUCGAGAUUAUCGACGUUUCGAGCGGCUGCGGAGAAAACUAUGCUGUCGUCGUCGUCUCCCCGGCAUUCGAGGGCAAACUGACGCUUGCGAGACAUAGAUGGAUCAAUGAGAUUCUCAAGACCCAGAUUGCGCAAAUGCAUGCGUUUUCCCAGAAAACGUUUACACCCAAGCAGUGGGCAGCAGACCAGGCCAAGAAGCAAGAGGCUGCACGAGUGAAAAAGGAGCUCGAGGAGACGGUAAAGGAGUCUGAUCCACCUGCUCAAGCGGCAGCAGCGUCUUAG